CGUAUAAGUCUGGUUCUACGACUUCGUUCUCUUGAAUCGCAUGAGGCUAGCAUCUGAAAACAGCUCUGGAUGAAUAAUAAUGGAGGCGCUACGCGCCAUAUUCUUUCUCAUCUCCGCAAUGGGCGUUCACGGACUGAAGUGUCAAAGAAACCAGACCAUUCAGGGCGAACGCCACCAUACAACACCAAUAUGUACAAUGCCGCAGGUUACUACCAGCUGUCGGACGUCAACGAACGCAUGGUACUAUGAUACUGUCAGAAGAUGUUGUAAAUUGAUACCUCUUGGUAACUGCGUUGACGGAGGCAACGCUUUCUGUACUCACCAUGAGUGCAAACGAAUGUGCCAACCCAUCAAAGGAGUGCAAUCGAGUGUAUGCCACGUGGAUAUACGGCGCCGCUGUGGAGAAAAGUAUCAUGCUUGGCAUUUCGAUCAUCGGGACAAGCUUUGCAAAAUGUUGAUCCACGCCGCUUGCAAUGGAAAGCUGCUGGUGUUUAGGUCAGAAACCCGUUGUCAAAAAGUUUGCCUGCCUCACCAACAGCCGCAAGCAAUUUGCAGCGGCAACGUCGUACUUACACAGUGUUCCAGAAAAUACCCGAAUAAAUGGUAUUUUUCUCAAGUGAACGAAACAUGCCUUUGGAUUUCUAGAGACUGCGUGAAAGGAGAAAACAGCUUUCCAACGUAUCCAGUCUGCAUGAAGAGAUGCAGUUAUGAUCGACACGGCAGUCAUUACCGGCCACGCCCCUGGCAGACCAUAGAUGAGCUGCCUAAGUGAAUGAACACCGGAACGCGGAGGCCGUCAAGUCACAAUAAUUUCAAGCAGCAUUUCAAGAAAACAUCACACUCAUAUAAUAAUGCUGUAAACUUAAAUCUGCCACUUAUACAAGAACGACAAGUACUUAUGUGUUUUAAGUGCUAAAUGAAAAUUAUUUUUACUGUAACACUUGCUGGGUCCACAGUGCUGGAAAAGAUCGUCCACACCACAACUGCCUUCAAUCACCAGCACUGCUGCAAUAAACA